GGAAAGCUCGAGGUGUGCACUGUGCCAAAUCACAGCAUUCCCUAGUGACAACGUGAUACGGGACGCGUCACACGACAACAAAUAUCUAAUAUUAAUCAGUUCUUCAUUGUUUUAUAAAGACUUUACUCAUUAUCCAAGUGACAUUUUCGGAUUGUUCAGUGAAAGCUUUGAAAGUGGUUAAGAUGUUGGACAAAACCAUCCUCGGUGGUAGUUGGGAAAGCGUGGUGUCGAGAGACGACUACGAGAUUGACUACACCCCGAGCCCGAGAGGGUCUCCUUUGAAGGACACGUCCAACAUUCAAGAUGAACCUGGCUACUGCAUCAGCCGCCACAACCCCAACAAGACCUUCCGUCGUGAGUCUGUCAUCGCCUCAUGGAAGAGUCUGAAGAAGGAGAGGGAACUGGCUUUGGGAAAGCGGUUCAUCUAUGUAGACGCUGACAGUUACCAGGAUUAUUAUGGCAGAAACAAGGUCAAGCGUUGCAAGAGUGACAGGGCGCCUACCACUCCUAGGGUGCCGAAGAAAGUCAAGCGCACAUACUCUGUUCUGUACAGGUAUGAUCCAUCUGAAGAGAAAGUAGUGAAGGAGUACAAGUAUCAGCUUCCUAAGGAAGAUGAGCCUAUAAGCCACCCGGUCAUGCAAAAAUCCUACUCCGAACCAUUCUUGAGGUCGGAGAAUGUACCAAAGAAGAAGGUCAAGAGGUCUUUCACAACUCUAUUGAACAUCAAGACAAAGUUCUUGAACAUUUUCACCUCGAAGAGUUAAAUUGUUGUAGGGAUUUAACUUGGUUUAAUUGCUCAAUUUAAUGCAUUUGAUAUGAUUGGCGUAUUACUUCGCGUACAAGGCCGUAACCGCCAUGAUUCUAGUCGAAAUUUUGCCUAUCAGGUUCAAUGCCGGAACCAUCUAUUUUGAUAUUGUC